UGAUGAUAGUAGGCAGGCGGUGUGGUCAAUCACUGAUACGGUUCAAACGCUUCAUUAUGCAGACCGGACUCGUACAAAAGAAACAUUGUCUGAAGUGACUGCGCUUUUUAUUUGUUAGAUUUAACGUUUUCUUUUUCUGACUGACAGUUUGACCGAGCGUUAGCGUUAUCAGUACAAACGCGCAUCCUUCUCUCGGGCUUUUGACAGCUUGCUUCUCCAAACGGACUUGACUUUCUCACUGUGCCGAUAUGUUCCGCUUGCAGUCGCUGGCAGCUCGGUCGUUGAUCGCCGGAGCUCUCGAUCAGUGCACCCCGCUGACAUCUCUUACCGGGGUGAGACACAAGUCUCAAGCUCCGUCCAUCGAGAAGUACGGCCAGAUGCGCUUCAGCACCGCCGAGGCUAAAGUGCCCGCCGGGCGUCUGCACGGUAAGAUGCGAGAAAAGACCCUGACCAUGGACACCCUGAACCCGCAGGUGAAAGCUGUGGAGUACGCCGUGAGAGGACCCAUCGUUAUCAAAGCUGGAGAGAUUGAAAGAUGCUUGGAGGAGGGUGGAACAAAACCCUUCUCUGAGGUCAUCAAAGCCAACAUUGGUGAUGCUCAUGCCAUGGGACAGCAACCAAUCACCUUCCUCAGACAGGUGGUGGCUCUCUGCACAUUCCCUGAGCUGAUGGACAGCCCCAGUUUCCCAGAGGAUGCAAAAUGGAGAGCACGACGUAUCCUGCAGGGCUGCGGAGGUCACAGUCUGGGGUCAUAUAGUGCAAGUGCUGGUGUGGAGUACAUCCGUAAAGACAUCGCUGCAUACAUUGAGCAAAGAGAUGAGGGAGUUCCUUCAAACUGGGAGGACAUUUACCUCACCACUGGAGCUAGUGAUGGCAUAAUGACUGUUCUGCGGCUUCUGGUGUCUGGGAAAGACUCUUCUCGCACUGGCGUAAUGAUCCCCAUUCCUCAGUACCCGCUUUACUCUGCUGCAAUCUCAGAGAUGGAUGCUGUUCAGGUCAACUACUACUUAGAUGAGGACAACUGCUGGGCCCUGGACAUCAAUGAACUUCACAGAGCCUAUCAGGCUGCCAAACAGCACUGCCAGCCCAGAGUCAUCUGCAUCAUUAACCCUGGCAAUCCUACGGGUCAGGUUCAGAGUAAAAAAUGCAUUGAAGAAGUCUUGCACUUUGCUUAUGAGGAGAACCUCUUUGUGAUGUCAGAUGAGGUGUAUCAGGACAAUGUGUAUGCUCCAGACUGUCAGUUCCACUCCUUUAAGAAGGUGCUUUACGAGAUGGGUCCAGAGUACUUCAACAGUGUGGAGCUCGCCUCUUUCCAUUCCACUUCCAAAGGCUACACGGGAGAGUGUGGCUUCAGAGGAGGUUAUAUGGAGGUGAUCAACAUGGAUCCUGAGGUCAAGGCGCAGCUGGUGAAGCUUUUAUCUGUUCGACUGUGUCCACCCUUGUCUGGCCAGGCUGCAAUGGACGUCAUUGUCAACCCUCCUCAACCAGAUGAGCACUCAUACCAGCAGUUCCACCAGGAGAAGUCAUCGGUUCUGGGUGCUUUAGCAGAAAAAGCUAAGCUAACUGAGGAGAUCCUGAAUGCAGUUCCAGGAAUUAAGUGUAAUCCUGUUCAGGGGGCCAUGUACGCCUUUCCUCGUAUCUUUAUCCCCCCUAAAGCCGUGGAGGAGGCCAAGGCAAGUGCUUGUACUGCAGCAUUGCUAUAUGUGACCGAGUGUUUUUGUGAGCUAGUUUUUCAGUGCUCACAGCAAAUUGUUCAAACCUUCUUUCUUUAGCACUGGAAUGGCGAUGCAUGUUAUCUGAUUAAACAAGGGUGGAACCUGCAACACUAGUUUAACACUUGUUUAGAAAUCCUACCUGAAAGGCCAGCUAAAUGUCACUACAAAUAAU